UUCUGUACCAACUACACCGAAGUGGCAACUCCGUGGCAGGGCCUCCGUCUGCAUAGCGUUGCCAGAUAGCCAGCAAGAGUGUGGCCAGAUCGCAGCGACGGCAGUGCAUUUUCAACAAAAAUAAGUUGAAAUCAACGCGUUGCAGCAGCCCCCGCAGCAACAGCAACAACAAAACAAAGGCAAUUGGAAGUGCAGCCUAACGGGAGUUGCUCCAGCACAUAGAGAUUAUAAUCCGGAUUUAAGUAACCAAUUAUCGGGAGAUAAUCCACCAUGGCGGAUCCAGAGCGACAGAGCCUGAUCAACAAGGACGACGGCAACGGCUACAACUCCGUGGACGCCGUGGACGAGGGUGCCGAUAAUCCGGGCAGUAGCUCAUCGGUGGCCACAAACGAGGACGGCAAUGGCGCACCGACGGCAGUGCCUUGCAUUGGACCCGAUGAGCUGCCGCCGCCGUAUCAGCAGAGCACCAACACAGGAGGAGUGCCGAUGGUCACCUGUCGGGUAUGUCAACACAUGAUUGACAUCACCACGAAGCGGGAGCAGCACGUGGUCAAGUGCACCCACUGCAAUGAGGCUACUCCCAUUCGGAACGCUCCACCGGGCAAGAAGUACGUUCGCUGUCCAUGCAACUGUUUGUUAAUCUGCAAGAGCUCGUCGCAGCGAAUCGCUUGUCCAAGGCCCAAUUGCAAGAGAAUCAUCAACCUGGCCCCAAGUCCCGUCACCCCGCCCGUGCCAACCAUGCCGGGCAUGUGCCGCGUCACUUGUGGCCAUUGUUCGGACACGUUUCUGUUCAACACGUAUCACAAUGCCUUGGCCCGGUGUCCACACUGCAGGAAGGUCUCAUCAGUGGGUUCGCGCUUUGCUAACAGCCGCGGCGUGAUGUUCGCCAUUGUGGCGCUGGUGUUCCUCAUCACCGGCAUCGGUGUAACCAUCGGCACAUACUCGAUUGCUUCGGAUCAUGGAGGCAUGUACUUCCUCUACGUGGCGCUGUUCGUGAUUUCGGGGUGCAUGCUGGCCCGGUCUGCCUACUAUUUCCGCCUUAAAGUGAGCGCCAUCGAUGGGCCAAUGUAAAGCUAAAGCACGGGGCCAGUAGCAAGGAAGAAAGUGCAUUGUUUUAUUUUUAUAUAUAUAUUAUUCAUAUAUAUCAUUCCUUUUGAUAUUAAAUUUAAAACUAAACACAA